AUGACUCAGUUGAAAGAGUUGCAAGACUUGGGAUUUAUUAGACCGAGUGUGUCCCCGUGGGGAGCACCAGUAUUGUUCGUAAAGAAGAAAGAUGGCUUGUUGAGGAUGUGUAUAGACUACCGGCAAUUGAACAAGGUUACAAUAAAGAACAAAUUUGUGGUUGUGUUCAUUGACGAUAUUUUGACUUAUUCUCCGACGAUAGAGGAGCAUGAGGAACACUUGAGGUUAGUGUUGCAAACAUUGAGAGAUAAUCAAUUAUAUGCUAAAUUGAGUAAAUGUGAGUUUUGGGCUACGGAGGUAAAAUUCCUAGGCCACGUGAUUAAGCAAGAGGGCAUUGCGGUAGAUAACUCUAAGGUUGAAUCCGUGUUGAAUUGGGAGAGACCUAAGAAUAUUUCAGAGAUUAGGAGUUUCUUGGGAUUAGCGGGGUAUUAUAGAAGGUUUAUCCAAGACUUUUCAAGUGUUGCCGCACCUCUGAUGCAACUCACACGGAAAGGUACACCGUUUGUGUGGUCCAAUGAGUGUGAGAAAGCUCUUAAGGAUUUGAAGGGUCCGUUGACAUCUCCACCGGUAUUAGUGGUUCCGGAGAGGAGUGUAUGA